AUGUUGUCCUACAAGUGGAAAUUCAUAGUUUUGUGUUGGGGGCCGAAAACAAAUGUGACCAUCCUCGUCCUUGAUCUAGUCAUGGUGGCGCUGCUCUUCUCCAAUAGUGGAGCAGCUGCUGCCAUUGGCGCUGUGGGAUACAAAGUUGCGGCACCUGCAGGACCCACCAACGAUUUCUUGACGCAACAUAAAGAGAAUGAGCCUGCGAAGUGGGAGAAGAUCUGUGACAUGUUGGAGAAGUACUGUCACUUCACUACUGCUUCCAUUGUUUUGUCUCUCCUUGGAGCUCUGAUCUUUCUCAUACUGGUAGUGCUCACGGCUUUGCAUCUCAACAAAAGGAGGAAUCUCUAG